UUCAUUCCCCCACCACUCUCUCUCUCUCUCUAAGAAUUUCUCUCACUAGAGAUACAAAUUAAGAGAGCCAAUGGCAAGUCAUUCACUACUCUCUCUCUUCGUCCUCUUCUCUCUCCUAACCCCAACCCUCAUUGCCUCCAGACCAGUUCAAGAUCCUGAAGCUGUUGUACAAGAAGUACAUAGGAAUAUCAAUGCGUCUAGGAGGGGCUUGGGCUAUCUCUCGUGUGGGACCGGAAAUCCGAUCGACGAUUGCUGGCGGUGCGACCCCGAUUGGGAGAACAACCGCCAACGGCUAGCCGAUUGCGCGAUUGGGUUCGGUAAAAACGCGGUGGGGGGAAAAGAUGGCAAGAUUUACGUGGUCACGGACUCGAGCGAUGACGAUGCGGUGAACCCUAAGCCGGGGACCCUACGACACGCAGUGAUCCAGAAGGAGCCGCUGUGGAUCAUUUUCGCGCGCGACAUGGUAAUCAGGCUGAAGGAGGAGCUGAUCAUGAACUCGUUCAAGACGAUCGACGGCAGGGGAGCUAGCGUCCACAUUGCCGGUGGUCCAUGCAUUACCAUACAGUACGUGACCAAUAUCAUCAUACACGGGCUUAACAUACAUGACUGCAAGCAAGGAGGGAAUGCUAUGGUGAGGAGCUCCCCAGACCACUUCGGGUUCAGGACCAUAUCGGACGGCGACGGUGUGUCCAUCUUUGGCGGGAGCCAUGUGUGGGUGGACCAUUGUUCGUUGUCAAACUGUAAGGAUGGGUUGAUUGAUGCCAUUCAUGGGUCCACAGCUAUCACUAUUUCAAACAAUUAUAUGACCCACCAUGACAAGGUCAUGCUUUUGGGACAUAGUGAUUCCUUUACUCAAGACAAGAACAUGCAGGUCACAAUUGCCUUCAAUCACUUUGGAGAAGGGCUUGUCCAGAGAAUGCCUAGAUGCAGACUUGGUUACUUUCAUGUGGUGAACAAUGACUACACCCACUGGGAAAUGUAUGCCAUUGGAGGGAGUGCUUCACCCACCAUCAAUAGCCAAGGCAACAGGUUUCUUGCACCAGAUGACAGUAACAGCAAAGAGGUGACCAAAUAUGAGGAUGCACCAGAGAGUGAAUGGAGGAAUUGGAAUUGGAGGUCUGAAGGGGACUUGAUGUUGAAUGGUGCAUUUUUCACGCCGUCCGGUGCCGGAUCUUCGUCGAGCUAUGCUAGGGCUUCAAGCUUGGGUGCAAGACCAUCUUCUUUAGUGGGUACAAUCACUACAACUGCAGGCGCACUUAAUUGCAAAAAGGGUUCUAGAUGCUGAUGAAUGGAGACCUAACAACACAUUGUUAGGUGACUUGGUGGUGUUUGAUUUUAGAAUGCCACAAAAGUGAGUAGAGAAGGAAUUAAGGAAUAUAGGAGGGAGGAAAAGUAGGGGGGAAAGAAGUCAAGGGGAAGAAAAUGGGGUGGAUUUUAGUGAUUUACUUUAUUGGCCUUUUCUAUUCUUCCCUCCAUUAUAUUUUUAACUUUUUACUUUUUUUUGUCUUUUUUGUUUCCUUGACUUUUUUGUCCCAUACAACCUCUGGCAUGUUACUCUCUGGCCCAUUAGAGAGAGCAAGUGCAGAAGUGUUGAUUUAGUCAAAUUAUCUAUAUUUAAAUUAAAA